AUGGCGGACACUAACAGCAACGGCAAGCCGCUGGACGAGAGUGCGGCUCCAGCGACCGUGCAGAGCAGCCCCUGCCGGGAGCUCCAGCAGCGGCGGCGGCCCCUGUUUGCACGCUGCCGCAUUGCCAAUGACGACGGCACGGACCCAAGUGGCGGAAGCGCGAGCAGCGGCAGCAGCGGUUUUUGCAGCGCAAGCAGCACCAGCAGCGCCGCUCACGCUGACGGCGACCUCGGCAGCGCCACGCUCCAGGCAGCCCAGGCCUCCGCUGCCCCUCCAGGCCCCCCCGCUACAGUGCCGGGCCACCGCCAGUGGGACGAUGAUGUCAAGCCCCUAGGCCUAGUAACUCAGCCGGGCGGCCAACAGCAGCUGCUGCUGCAGCCCUGGCCCCUCCACGGCAGCUUCUACUACAGCACAGUCACCCCGGGCAUCCACCCCUCCACCUACGUCGACCCUUUCCCCUCGUCGUCGCUCGCCUCGACCCCCGCCGUCUUUGCCGCCGCCGCCGCCUCCUCCUCCUCCUCCUCGAGCUCGGCCUCCUCCUCGGCCUCCCGCCAUCUCGCCUGCCCCUCUCCUCUGUCAUCUCCAGCCGCCGCCCACGGAGACGGCAGCAGCUACUUCUCGCUGCCCCGACGCCCCGGCCCGGACCUCCCCUGCCUAAUCCAUCGCGACCCUCUCCUGCGCAACGCCUCCUCGUCGUCGUCCCUCUCCCCCUCUUCUUCUGCCCCCCUCUCCUCCUCUUCUUCCACUUCUCUCUCUUCGCCCCUCCCUUUCUCUCACAACCGCAGCUGCCAUCUCUGCCACUCUCGUCCCAAGCUACCCAGCACAAGAAGAGUCAUGGCGCGCCGCGAGUCCCUGUCAGCGCUGCGCGCCGCAAACCCAGACCUGGCCCUCAGCGGCAACAUCAUCUCGGCCACCUUCGAUCUUCCCCACGCCCUCACGUACCGCAAGGAUGGCGACUGGGAAUUGAGGCCCCGUCGCGGCCAGUCGGCCCUCUUCGACUCCUUCUCUUACCUCUCCUCGGAUGCCACCUCGUGGAGCCACACCGUCGUCGCCUGGACCGGCGAAAUCGACUCGCCUCACGACCGCACCGCCUCGCCGCAGCCCAACGGGGUCCGCCCCUCCACCACCGUCGGCCUUGCCUCCCUCAAUGCCCUCUCGGCCCCCGUCCCCGUCGAGGUCGACGCCAACGCCCACCCCCCCCUGCCCACGCCCCCGGCCUCGGACGGUCUCUUCAUCCCCCGCGACGACCAGGCCCGCCUCGAGCACCGCCUCGCCCACAGCGACACGAUCCGCACCGUCCCCGUCUGGCUCGCCGACGACGCCGACGCCGACGCCGGCGUCACCCUGCACGACCAGACGCGUUGGCGCCGCUAUGCCCAGCACGACCUCUGCACCCUCUUCCACUACAAGCAGCACGAGCCCUCGGACGGCCGCCGAGAGCGCCUUUACUGGGCCGACUACUACCGCAUGAACCAGAUGUUUGCCAACAAAAUCAUCGACGCUUACAAGCCCGGCGACAUCGUCAUCGUCCACGACUACUUCCUCAUGCUGCUGCCCAGCAUGCUGCGCCAGCGCGUCCCCAACAUGUACAUAUCCUUCUUCCUCCACUGCCCCUUCCCCAGCAGCGAGUUUGUCCGCUGCCUUCCCCGCCGCAAGGAGAUUCUCGAGGGCGUCCUCGGCGCAAACCUCGUCGGCUUCCAGUCGUACAGCUACUCGCGCCACUUCCUCAGCUGCUGCACGCGCAUCCUCGGCUUCCCCUCGGACCCGCUCGGCAUCGACGCCUACGGCUCCCGCGUCCACGUCGGCGUCUUCCCCAUUGGCAUCGACGCUGCCAAGGUUGAGGCCUUUGCUUGGGCUGACUCGAUCACGGAAAAGUACGACGCCCUCAAGAAGCUGUACGCUGGCAAGAAGAUCAUUGUCGGCCGUGACCGCCUCGACAGCGUCCGCGGCGUUGCUCAGAAGCUGCAGGCCUUUGAGCGCUUCCUUGAAAUGUAUCCCGAGUGGCGCGAGCGUGUCGUGCUCAUCCAGGUCACCUCGCCCACCACGUCGGCAGAGGCCGACCGCGACGACCCGGAGAACAGGGUCGGCAGCCGCGUCAAUGAGCUCGUCAUGAAAAUCAACGGCCAGUACGGCAGCCUCGGCUUCUCGCCCGUCCAGCACUACCCGCAGUACCUGAGCCAGGACGAGUACUUUGCCCUCCUGCGCGCCGCCGACAUUGGCCUCAUCACGUCGGUCCGCGAUGGCAUGAACACGACGAGCCUCGAGUACGUCAUCUGCCAGAAGGAGGGCCAUGGGCCCCUCAUCCUCUCCGAGUUUAGCGGCACGGCCGGCAGCCUGGGCGACGCCAUGCACAUCAACCCCUGGGACCUGGGCGGCGUGGCGAACAAGAUCAACGCCGCGCUGACGCUGACGCCGGAGCAGCGCGCCGCCACGCAGCAGAGCCUCUACCAGCACGUCACCAAGCACAAUGUGCAGUCGUGGAUCGGCAAGUUCAUCCGCAAGGUCCACAGCGUCCUGGGCGACGCCGGGGCCGCGCACACGACGCCCCUGCUCGACCGCGCCGUCUUGCUGUCGCAGUACCGCUCGGCCGCCAAGCGCCUCUUCAUGUUCGACUACGACGGCACGCUGACGCCUAUUGUGCGCGAGCCUAGCGCCGCCAUUCCCUCGAACCGCAUCAUCCACUGCCUCUGGCAGCUCGCCGCCGACCCCAGGAACUGGGUCUGGAUCAUCUCGGGCCGGGACCAGGAGUUUCUCAACCAGCACCUUGGCCACAUCCGGCAACUCGGCUUGUCGGCCGAGCACGGGAGCUUCAUGCGGUACCCGGGGACGGAGGAAUGGGUGAACCUGGCCGACAAGUUUGACAUGAGCUGGCAGGCCGAGGUCAUGGAGGUGUUUGAGAAGUACACGGACAGGGUUUCGGGCACAUUUAUCGAACGGAAGCGAUGUGCGCUCACGUGGCACUACCGGCUCGCGGACCCGGAGCAGGGCCUGCACAUGUCGCGCGAGUGCCACGAGGAGCUCGAGGCCGGUGUGGCACGCAAGUGGGACGUCGAGGUGAUGCCGGGCAAGGCCAACAUCGAGGUGCGGCCGAGGUUUAUCAACAAGGGCGAGAUUGCCAAGCGUCUCGUUGCGACGUACCACAACCCGCGGGCACAGCCGACGACCGACGACGCGAACCCGGGCCGGGUCGAGUUUGCGCUGUGCAUGGGCGACGACUUUACCGACGAGGACAUGUUUCGCAGCCUCAACGGGGCGUCGGGGUCGGUGCUCAACGCCGACCACGUCUUCACGGUGACGGUGGGGGCGAGCACCAAGGUGACGCUGGCCAAGUGGCACCUGCUGGAGCCCGAGGACGUGGUUGAGUGCGUGGCGCUGCUGGCGGGCGCCGAAGGGGCCGCGGGGCCGGAGAGGAUGGGCGAGGUGAACCUGGGCGCGCUGAGCCUCGUCGAGGGGCACAUUCCCACGGAGGAGAUGUGA